AUGCAGGAAGCAUAUAGAAUCAAAGCUUCUAAUAAAGUACAAUUUGAAAACAAAUUUACACAAAAAAAAAAUUAACUCCUAGAUUCCAUUCAAAUCUAGAUUUAAUAAGUCUAAGAUGAUCUAUAAGAAUCUAUCCUUAAAGAUAAAUCAGAAGUUAUUAAUAUAAAAGCUAAAAUAAUUGCACUUUAAAAAUAAGCUGAUUCUAAAAAUAAUCUGAUUCUUGAAUAAGAAACUAUCAUCUAAUCAUUAAUUCUUAAAUUAUAAGAAUUAGAAAAAAAAGAACUUCCAUAAAAAUAAAAUUUUAUAGAUUAAGAUCUAUUAGUUGAACUUGAAUAAGAAAUUUCAUUACUUAAGGCAUUAUCGCAUAAACUUAGAUUAAAAGCCAAUCGUUUAUGUAGUUAUUUUGUUUGUUUACGUUUGUAUAAUGCAGAAUUAGGUUUAAAAAUAUAAUAAGAUGAUUUUGAUUAUAAUCAUCUAGUUAUGCCUAAAAUUCCAGAUCAUUCUACAUUAAUAUAAAGUUUAUAAGAAUCUGAAAGAAUCUUAAAAUAAAAAUUAGAUUUGCAAGUAUUAUAGCAUAUAUUAUUAGGGAUAUUAAAUUUCAAGAAAUUGAAGUAGAAAAUAGUCAAUUAAAAAAAGAAAAUUUAAAUUUAAAACGAUGUCUAAAGAGAUUUAAUGUCACAUCUAAUUUAGAUGCUUAGAAAUAAUAAAAUUAAAUCUAAUAACUUCAAGAUUAACUAAAUGAUUAAUCAUUACUAAUAUCAGAGUAUUUUCAUAAAAUAAAAGUAUUUAAUUAUAUAUAAGAAGCAAUAUGAACAAUAAAAUUAAUGUAAAUAAUUAAAUGAUUUUAUACUUAAAAAAAGAAAAUUUAAGAAUGAACAACCAGUUUUUAAUUUAGAAUUAGUAAAGAGAAAACUUACUCUUGAUGUUUGUAGAUCUAGAGAAGAAAGUGUUUACACAGUUAAUGAGCCUAGAAUUCAUUCAAAAACAAUUUAACAUAAAUAUUGA